AUGACUUCUCAAGCACAGGAAGUGCAGCCUUCUGCACCAUUCUCGACUGCCUUGUACAAUGGCCUCUUGGUCCGAAUUAUACAGACUAUUGCCGCUUCAGAGCGAUGGUAUCGAUGGGCCUUUCCUUCGCGUUCCAACGUAGCGCCAUCACUCAUAAAGACCUAUACCUGCCGUCCUUCUCUUUCUGUUCGCAUCUUCCGCCCCACGAACCGGGAUCGUGAUUCGUCCGAGCGUCUACCAUGCUACUUCAACAUCCACGGAGGAGGAUUCUGUCUCGGAAGUCCAGAAGAUGACGACGAGUGGAAUCGAGCCUUUGCCGACAAGCACAGCGUUCUCGUGGUUGAGCUUGAUUACCGCAAGGCGCCCGCCUACCCGUUCCCUACAGCCAUUCACGACGUUGAGGCGCUCAUGCUCGCUGUGUACGGCGAUGAGAGUCUCCCAUUGGAUAAUCAUCGCAUAGCAGUUGGAGGCUUUUCAUCAGGCGGCAGUCUCGCCCUUGCUGUGUGCCAACUGCAAACGAUCCGGGACAAGGUCAAGCCAAUGGCCGUGUGCCCGAUCUACCCACUCGUCGACCUAGCCACAAACGCCGCGAAGAAAGCGGAGAAACGAUACUACAAACCCGAGCUUGGCUCAGGCCGACGCGCCAAUGCUACUGACGUGCUGUCGCCGGUAUCUCACUUGUUUGGGUGGAGUUAUGUCCCGUACGGACAGCACUUGAAAGACCCUCUGCUGUCUCCCUUCUUUGCGCCGCGCGAGCAUAUGCCAAAGAAGGUCUUCAUCGUCGCGGCGGAGCUCGACCGCUUAGCCCACGAAGCGUGGCGUAUGGCUAGCGUGCUCGCCCGCCGACCGGAGCCAUCAUCAGAUGACAAGGUUGGUCAAGAAAAACCUGGUGUUCCGGGAAAACUGAUCUUGGACGAUGAGCGCUUCGCUUUCAAGCACGUUGACGACGAUGGCAGAGAAGUGCAGUGGUUGCUCAUCCCAGAUCAGAUUCAUGGGUUCGAUUUGGAUCCUGUCGAUUUUCACGGCAGUCAGGAAGCAUUCCAAGAUGCCCAGGUGAAGACUGAAGAAUAUCAGAAGAUCCUGGGAGAAUGGCUGCACAAUUCUACUUGGACUAAGGUAUAG